GGGCCACAAAGCUCUUAAAAACUGCUACAAUAUAAAGCAAAUAGUUUCCUAGCUCUUCUAACACAUCCACAAGAGUGAUCCAGUCCUUCUCUGCCUCAGUAUUAGGAAGGGGGAAAACUUGCUAAUUUUUGUCCUGUAGUAGGUGCUGCAUGUGGACAGUGUCCAAGGAAGCCUUGCCAAAUGUUAUUUUCCUCCCAUAGUAGCCCUGGUUGUUUAGCUUUUCUACAUAUUAAAUGACUGGGGAAGAGUGACUUGGCUUUUGCUUUUUGAAAAAAAUACUGUGGAAAAUACCACUGUCAUUGGUCAUUUUUACCAUGGAAGUGGCAUUUCCUGGAGCAGCUCCGUGUUAGAUCUGUCCUACAGACUGCAGGGCUGCUGCCUAGGUACACCUGGCCUAGCUGGAUUCCCUCUUAGUCUGUGUUUCCAUGAACAUACAGUCUCAUCCUAAAAGGCAGCCUUGGAGGUGGAUUCUCUGGGGCUGGUAACCUGAGCAGAGCUGAGUCAGGAAGGUGUGUGCUUUUAAGUGCCAGUACAUGCAUCUCUUGACUGAGGAGGAAACUUGUACCCAGAGAUGUUUGGGGUGGCUAUUUCCUUCAUAAGUCUUCUGUGCCUCUCUUUCAAGGAGAAUGUGUUCAUACCCAUGUGUUUCACGGCUGCUGAGUGCAAAGGUGAUCCACAGGACUUGGGCAGCUCACUGCCUUGGUAUAAAAACUUGGAAGAUGUGAAAAUCAGGUGGCCAUGCUUGGCUUUAAAAAGAUUUCACUGACAGUCUGAAUGAAUUAACUCUCUGGGGUUCAAACCAGCAGGCAUUGUCAGAUACAAGGGAUUAAAAGGCUUUUUAAUGUGGCUUAGUAGUGUACAGAAGAUUGGCUUACUUGUAUGAGCUCUUCUUUUGUCACAUUGAUCUUUAUUUUACAUUGUGCUUAGUACAACAGAAACUGGAGGCUGAAGUCUUCUUUCCUGAAUCAUCUGAUAGGACUUGGCCCUUUUAUUGCUUAGUAAAAUAAUUUUUUGUGAAGGAGGAAUUGAUUUUUGCCAGUGUAGCCACUGUUGAGUAAUAGCUGAAGAAUACCAAGUUGUAAUAAUUUCAUGAGCACUGUAUGUGGCCAUGUCAGUGAGAGGAAGUUACUAUAGGGUGAGUUGUACUUCUUUAUAUUGCUUUCCUCUAUAGAUGUAUCGAUCUAACCUAAUAGGGAGCUAGCUGAUGAAGGAAUAAAAGGCAAUUCAGUGGUUCCCCUGUGUCACCUGUAUGUGACUAAACCCAUGAGGUGGUAAUUAUGAGAAUGAUAGCUCCAGUUCUGAGGGAUGCAGCUGGUUUGCCAGGCUGUAAACUAAAAAUUAUAGGAGGAUAAAGUUGGCAGUGACUGAUGGAAUAAAUACUUCAACACCAAGGCAGACUUCACAGAAGAACGUGGAUGAAGAUGAGCCUUCCUCUCUGCAGCAGUGGAAGUCACACAGAAGGAAAGAAAGAUGAUGACAUUGAAGAGGGAGAUCUCCCUGAACACAAGAGGCCUCCAGCACCAAUAGAUUUCUCAAAAAUAGAUCCAGGCAAGCCUGAAAGCAUCCUGAAGCUGACAAAGAAGGGGAAGACUUUGAUGAUGUUUGUCACAGUGUCGGGAAAUCCCACAGAAAAGGAGACAGAAGAAAUCACCAGCUUGUGGCAGGGCAGUCUCUUCAACGCAAACUACGACGUGCAAAGGUUUAUUGUUGGCUCCAAUCGGGCCAUCUUCAUGCUGCGGGAUGGUGGCUACGCCUGGGAGAUCAAAGACUUCCUGAUAAAUCAGGAAAGGUGUGCAGAUGUUACUCUGGAAGGUCAGGUUUAUCCUGGCAAAGGAGCAGAUGAAAAUGAGAAAGUGAAAAACAAAACAAAACCUGAAAAAGCAAAGAAGAAAAAAGACGCAGAGAAGAAAUCUAAUGGUGUCAAAGAGGACAACCGAGCAACGAACCAGAGAGAGGAGCUAUGACAGCCACAGUACCCAGACUGAACCCUGCUCUGCUGCUCCUUGAGGGGAACCUGCUGAUGAGUCCUGGCUUUUGGGGAGGAAGGAAGCAGAGACUACUGAAGCUUAAAUUUGUGUUGAAAUUCACCAGUUUACUCAUUGCUGUUGGCCAUUUGUUUAGUUACAGGAAUGGUAAUGCUUCAUGCUGGCAAUUGACUGCUUUAGUUUGUAAUUCUUUUAUGCUUUUGUUGUUGUUUAAAACUAGCAUACAAAUCUGUGUGUUUAACAUUGCAAACUUAAUUUAAGUGGAAAAAAAGAAUUAUGGUCUCAGAAUACACCGAUGCUCAUCUGUAGUAGCUGUGUCCAUCUUGGGUGUGUAAAUCAUGGAUUCACAGCUGCUGUCAGAGAGCCUAGUGCAGUGUGAAAAGAUUCUCUUGGAAGAUGGUUUGAGAGACACAGUUGGCACAAAACUGCCCAAAGUUACAAAGAAUAGUGGGCCAAAGAUGCCUGAAAUUACAGGGUUUAGGACAUGUUUGGUUAGACUGCCUUUUUCUUUAAAAUAAACUUAACCCAUUGUGUCCCAGGAAAUCUGUGGCAGUGCUCGGGAGUGUGAUGGACCAGGUAGGAACUCUGCUAAUGCACUCCAGAUCUGUACAGGAGGGACACUCUGUGCCCUUCAGAAGUGAAUGGAAUUGUAGCACCUGCACCAGCAGUGUCAGGGUGAAAAGUGAAGACAAAUCCAGGGCUUUCAGGUUGCUCCUGCUGCUAAAGGACUGUGCCUCUGUGCCUGUGGAAGCAGCUGUUCCAUGUCCCCCGUUACUCAGGAAGUGAGCUGGAAGAAAAAGCUUUAACUCUGAAGUUAAUUUGGUUUACUGAUUGAAUGGUUUGUUUAAAUAUUUGAAAAAGCACCAGUUACAGCACAGAGUUAAACUUUGAGUUAGACAUAUCACUUACUGAUGCUGAUCUGGAUGGAGUUUGGUGGGUGUUUUUUCUUGGUACAGAUCUCUGACUGAUGUAGUUAAUUGUAAAUGACCAUUUGAUUAGAAUACAAGAAGUUGGACAUAUGGGAGCCAAUACUUUGUAUAAUUGGGAAGGGUUUAAUAUUACUCAGAUUGUAUUCAGUCAAAUGCUUUGCUUAGAAUUGUUUCCCUUCUGCCUUACUACCAGUUAGGGACUAAAGGCACCGAGUAGUGUGGUCCACAUCAUUUUGCAGAGGAUGAGCACAGUAUCCACUGCCUUCAUUCAAUACUGGUAUGGUGUUACUUUUUCUUUAAGGUGCUAAAAUCCAAAUAUUGGAUAAAAGGUCCUAAUUGAACCAUAAUGGUUGAUCUUGUGGAAUACUUCGGUAUCAAAAGUAUGAAACUGUGACUGAGUCUUUGUUCUAAAAUAAAAGAUGUCUCUAAACUUAUUGUUUUGAAGAGUAGUAAAACCUUUUAAAUAGAUCUGCAUUUAGUUAUGUAUUCAAGAGGCAGACCAACUCAUCUUUGGUUUCUCUAUGUAAGGACUAAAUAAUGUUGAUGAAGGUUCCAGUUGAUUCAUUUUAUUUCAUUUUAAUUAUAUUUGUGUGAAUUUAGAUUAAAGAAACCUUUGCAACUACAUUAAACAGGCCUGUACCUGUUUGAGUGGAAAAUUAAAAUUUGUUUCUUCAGGAUUAACUAUUACUUUGUAUUCUACUACUAAUGCAGAUGUUCAGUGGAGUUGAGAACAGUCUCAGUAGAUAUUUGGAUAGUUGAGAUGUACAGUCCAAUUCUUGUGCAUAACUAAUUUAUCAUUUGGUCACAUAUCCCAGGUUAGCACCAUCAUUUGUAAAUAAUAUUGCUUCUCAUCUCAAGGGAAGACCAGAGGUCAUAUGAAACUAUAAAAAUGAAAUAUUAAUGAGUUUUUGCUUUUCACAGUUAUGGUAUAGAGGUGACAAUUCAGAUUUUGAUCAGAAAGACAUGGAAGUGCAGUUUUAUAUUCCUCUUAAUGUUAUUUCCUUUUUGAUCAGAUUGGGUUUGAGACUAUUGGAGAAACAAUUACUACACUAUAUAGCCCAGCUUUUAAAUAUGGAUAUUUCAGUCAUUCAUAAAUCUACAUUUACAGUAGAUUGGGGCUUUCCCCUUUGUAGUUAAAAGGAGCUUUGUUGAAAUUGAACCAGCCAGUUGGCCUUUUUUUUGGUUGGUUGGUUGUUUCUCAGUCAGUUGCCCAUGCCACAUGCAGAUAUAUCUUGUGCCACAUAGCAUAAUCAAAUUUCAAAGUGUUUGGGGGUCUUUUUGGUUGUUUUGUUGGUUUUUUUUUUAGGUUUUUAAUCUGUGUGAUGACUUGGCAGUUGUUUUCUUUGAUAUAAAACACAAAAUGCCACCUUCACAAAAUAAGUUUCUUUUACUCUUCCACUUUUCUUCUCCCUUUUUCAUGCUUUACACUAACCAAAUACUGAAAUAUACCAGUAUAUAUGGCAGUCUGGCAGGAGCUGCUUUACCCCAGCCAAUUUUUCCCUACUGUCAGAGUUCAUUACUCAAGAAUAACCUGAAUUGCCUUUUAAAUCUGGUAAAGUCUUUGAGACAGUUGCACUUGUCCUGGGACUGUGUUACAUAACCAAAUGUUUGGUGGUGAUUUAAAGGGCCCAAAUGCUAUCACAUACAUGAAUAUAUAUAUGUGUGUGUGUGUAUAUAUAUAUCUCAAAAUAAAUAUCCUCCAAAAGUUACAAAAGACCAGGAAUGUUCUAUGAGUGCCUCAGAAGAUGGAGUCUCCUUUGGAGGCUUAUCUGGCUUUUAAUAACAGUUUUUUUAGUUCCACAUACAGGACAUUCAGAUACCUCCUUUAAAACUAAAUUCAAUCAGUUGGGUGGUAAUUAUUGCUCUUACUAUUUCCUUCUUUGUUCAUUUCUAUACAGAGGUACAUGGAAAAUCAUGUUUUCAUGACAGCGAAACAUCUGCUGCCUUUCUCCUCCCAGCAUAGUGGUUUCUCUGUUCUAGUGCUAUAACUAACUUUUCUGAGCUACUGUUUAAUUUUUAACCCAGCUCUCCUACUCAGAAAAAACAGUUUGUCAGUGAUGCUACACAGGAUGUGGUUGCACUUUGUGGAAAAUUUACAAUGGACAAUCAACUUUUUAUGUAAUAAAAUACUGGAAAAAAAUA